AUGGUUGGGUCGGAGAACUAUUACGAGCUCCUUAAUUGCAGUCCGAAUUCUUCGGUUUGAUGCCCUUUUCUGCUCGUUUUAACAUCUUGUCCUUUCGUUUAUUAAGGUCGAUCAAAUACUUGCAGAGUAUAAAAUGUUAGCGCUCGCUUACCAUCCGGACAAAAAUGUCUCCAAAGAGGCUGGCAAUUCACUUUUUAUUCUGACUGUAUGUAGAAGACCGGUUUAAGCAAAUCAACCGGGCAAAAGAAGUUCUCGUGGACGCUGAAACACGUAAGCUCUAUAACUGCUGGCUAGAGGUGAGCAUGGGUGUUACCUUCGAAGAAUGGACUGAUAACAGACGAAACCUGCGAAUGGUGAGAGAACGUUUACGUUUCCCUGAACGUACGCCUUCUAGUGCUUCCAUUGGACUUUCAGUUCUCAAGGUGGCAAUGAAUAUUUGCAACUACAGGACGCGCGAUUACCUGUUCAGCAUACCAACACGGUCUCUGUCGGUGGGAUAGAAAACCUGAUUGAACAGUUUCGACGAUAUGAAGUCUAGAGAGCUGAAGUCCGAAUUUGCGUUACAGACGCAUCUAAACCGCUGCAUUUUCUGCGUUCCCAUCUCCCAUUGAGCUAUCUCAAACUGUAGUGCUAGACUUUAUUAAUUACACUUUCAAAACCCUUUUAUUUUUCUUCCCAAUUCGGUGAAAUUUAGGCAAACAGUUUACGUGGUAAAAAAGUUAGACCUAUUUUGCCUCGCCCUAUAGUUUAUCAGCUGACCUAGGCGCGUGCUAUGAUUUUUUUCUAACGUGGCUUGUGGCAGAAAUAGAAAAUUGAUAUUCAGUCAGACUAUGAAAAUGUGCUUCUUCAGUGAAAAUUAGCAGAGGAAAUACUAGCCAGAUAUUUUGACAAAAUAACUUAAAGGAUCAUUAUUUUCUAAUGGAUGAGAGGGGCAUGAUUUAGGGUAACAACUCGUACUCAAAUUAAACUUCCUUCGAAGGGAACAAUCGAGGAACCCAGCAGAGGGGAUCUUUAUUUUAUGCGAAAAGAACGCAUUAGACUUAUCGAGGAGAAAAUGAGAGCGAAGCGAACGCAAUUAUGCGGAGGCGCGAGGCUUGAUGGGAAGUCAUUUCAGGUACGUUUGGGAGUUCCACAAUCACCAACUCACCGAUCCAGGGGCUCAUUUGGCAGCCGAUCAACGCUGGUACGACCGACGGGUCGCGCGUCCCCAAACCGUGAUCCGAGGGACACCACACACCUCUGAUGUGACGUGAUUAGGGCACUGACAUGUCAACGGACACACACAACCUUUUAUAGCUCACAAGAAAGACUUUAACAAUGUAGAUUGCGGUCAGAACUUAAACAGUUCACGCUUCUGGAAUAAUUUGGUGGUUUUAAAUCCCAUCUUAGAGGGAACCAGACUUAAGGUGAGACUACUUAACUGACUUCCAUCUUGAAGGUUUGUGUCCGAAUAACGUGUGACGCUCAGUUUUUUCCUCUCACUAUUCGCCGCAAGUGAUUUUCGAGUUCUAUCGAUAGUUCUCAGAGGUGCCGAACACAGAUCUUAAUUGACACAGAAGUUUAGUAAGCAAAUGAAAACACCGGUCGGCUUCGUUGUACUCUUCACGUAGCACGUAGAUUGCUUGUGAACAGUCAUUUAUGUGCGCAAUAGCCACUCGCGGUCUUUGCUUUGUUUUUCAGCAGAGUACACCCUCCGGCAUUGUUACUAAAGACACAUUGGACCCCCACGAGACCAUAGUCAGAGUUCCCACAUUGGUUACAGGCGUACUUGCUAAGUUAAAUCGAAUACCGGGAUAACUGCCAGGUACCACGCAGGCACCGCUGUGGGAUUCGCUGAUAAGCGGAUACAUUCACAGUGGUUUCACGCUUUCAGAGAUGAUGUUGGAGGCACAUUUCUGGACUUUCACUUGCCACAUUCGUUUGCCGAUGAUGAUGAUGAUGAUGAUGAUGAUGAUGAUGAUGAUGAUGAUGAUGAUGAUGAUGAUGAUGAUGAUGAUGAUGAUGAUGAUGAUGAUGAUGAUGAUGCAGAGGAGGAGAAGGAGGAGGAGUAG